AUGAGGUUGCCUUUACGAGAAGCUGUGAGGACAAGCAUCAUAUCAAAGAAAUGGAGAUAUAACUGGUGCAGAGUUCCACAACUGAAACUUGAUCAAACACUUUGGGAAACAACAGAGGACUUAAUAUCCCCCGCAAUUGGAUUUGCGAACAUUGUCUAUCCCCUCUUGGCCCUUCAUACAGGACAAAUUACCAAGUUUACCCUCGACAUUCCUGAUCUGAAAACAUGUCCUAAUAUUGACAAUUUGAUACAUUUCCUCACAAGGAAUGGCAUUCAACAUUUUGUUCUUAAGCCUCCGUUAGGUGACCGAUACAAACUGCCUUCUUCAUUUUUCACAAGUUUGCGUUUGAGGCAUUUGACUCUCCAAAGAUGUAUAAUACGUCCUCCACCGGUCUUUAAGGGAUUUGAUGGGUUAAUUAGCCUGGAACUAAGUUAUGUUGAAAUUUCUUCUGAAUUCCUUGGAAGUUUAAUCUCCCAUUCCCCGUUGCUUGAGAAUUUGGUGCUGAAAGACCCGCGUAAUUCAAACCCCAUAGAGAUUAGUGCUCCCAAGCUAAGGUCAUUUGUCUUCCUAGGCAAUAUACAUUUAAUACAAAUGAAAAAUGUCCCUCUUCUUUCCAGUGUUUCAUUUGAGCCUACAGAAUUUCCUGUAGACUCGGAACGCGAUCCUGCCAAGAUAUUUGAGUUUGUUCCUGCCCUCGAGAAUCUCUGCUGGAAUCAAUUAAUGGUCUUGGAUGCUGGACCAUUUGAAGUUAUACCAACAAGGCUUCCCUUUGCUCUUAACUGUCUUAAACGCCUUUACCUAUCUUGGAUUACUCUGCGAGAAUUCUUUGAGCUUUCAUUUGUUCUUUUCUUGAUACGAAGCUCCCCAUAUUUGCAAGAAAUAGAAAUUGAGGUUGUUGAUGAUGCAUUUGUUAAUCCCUGGGACGUUAUUGAUGAGAUUCCUGCAAGCUUCUCAGCUAUGACAUUUAAUCACCUGAGGAUAGUUAAGAUUAACAAUGUAGUAGGAGCAGGAGCUGAAAUGCAACUUAUCAAGGUUUUACUGGCCAAGUCUCCAGCACUGCUCAGAAUGGUAAUCAAACUCUGUGAAAUGGAAGAUAAAAGAUCUCUCAAAAUACUAGCGGAGAUAACAAAAUUUCAUCGGGCGUCAUUUAGAGCAAAAGUUGUGAUAAUGUAG